AUGCAGGAGGAUCGGCCGUUCAAAGUUGCCGUUGUUGGUGGAGGAAUAGGUGGUGCAAGUUCGGCUUAUUUUUUACGAAAAAUGUUUGGCAAUAAAGUUUCUAUUACCCUUUUUGAAAAAUCCGGACGAAUCGGUGGUCGUAUCAAAGCGGUACCUUUUUGUGGAGAAACUUGCGAAUCUGGAGCUAGCGCUAUUCAUUCUAGUAAUUAUUACAUGACUUCGUUUGCAAAUCAAUUCAAAAUACCUUUGGUUCCUUUAAAAAGUGUUGAUCAUCGCUUACUUCUUUUUGAAGAAGGUUAUAAACCAGUAUUUUCAAAUAUUACUGAUCAGACAGCAUUUCUAACUCCGAUUCACUUAUUUUGGCGUUACGGCCUCAACUUGCUUCGUGCAAAGUUUUAUCUAAUGGCUAGAAUUCGAGAAUUCACUCAAAUUUAUACUUUGCAAGAACGUGGUGAAUGUUUCACUUCACCCGGUUUACUAUUAAAAAAAUUAUCUAAACAUUUCCCUGAAAUGACAAAGUGUACUUUUGCUGAAUGGAUGCGUAAAGAAAUUGGAUUAGACGAGAAAUAUAUAAAUGAAUUAGGGUUUGGAAUAUUUUCGAGUAAUUAUUGUCAGAAUUCAGUAGAUGCUCAUGCAUUUGUCGGAGUGAUUUCUUCAGCUUGUACAGUAUCUGAUGUAUAUACUAUUGAAAAUGGAGCUGAACAAAUCCCGCAAAAGUUAGUUGAAGUUGCAUUGGCCGGCAAUCCUUCUGGUGCUCCAAAAGAGUUUAUACACGCUACGGUGAAGAAGAUUACACGAACCGAUAAUGAUAGAUUACGCUUAUCCUAUGAUCUAGCCGAUAAUAAUAAAACUGAAGAGGGACUUUUCGAUUACGUCAUAUUGUCAUUACCACUACAUCAAGAGUCCAAUAUUUCCACUUCAGAUGAUAUUAAACUUCCCAGCUUACGUUAUCAUGAGAUGUGUCGUACAUUUUUAUCCGGUCAAAUCAAUUAUUCAUUAUUUGAUCUACCGUUAAAACAUCUGAAACGCAAUCAGUGGGCAACUUUUCUCCCAAUCUCAAGUUACUACUCAAAUGAAAAGCAUCCUGUAUGUUCUAUAACGCGCUUACCAGUUAAAUCACAAGACUCAGAUUUGAAAGAUGGUGUUUGGAGUAUAUUUUCUGAAUCAAAAUACAUACUAGACCCAAAGACUGCUUUAUCGAAAUUGAUUUUAAAAGAUCCAGAUGACGAUCACAAUCAAAUUGAUGUUGUACGUUGGCUGGCAUAUCCAACCUAUCAUCCUGUUAAUGAUCCAGAUACUGAUUUGGGCCAGUUCAAAUUAGCACCAAGAGUUUACUAUCCAAAUGCAAUUGAAUUAACUGCUUCAUGUAUGGAAAUGGCUAUAAUCGGUGGACGUAAUGUGGCGUUAUUAAUUGCAAAUGAAAUGAAACAUUUAAAACAGGAUCAAAAUUCAAUGUUUACAACGUUAACAAAUUUCAUAAAAGGAGAAGCAAAUUGA